GCCUUUAAUAACCCCCUUUAUCGUCGCCCCUGAAUCAAUAAAUGUUUUGACAGUUCUAACCUAAAAUUAGAAAAAAAACAAAACGAAAAAUGGAAAGAUUAUUAUAUUACUUUGUACUAAUAAUAAAAUCAAAUUUUUAACAAUUAAAUAUCUAUAAAACUAUCAAAAUGUCAAAUUGUGAGCUAAAUCAAAUAUUUCUCGGAGAAGUUGCAUCCGUACAAAAUUACGGAGCAUUUGUUCGCAUACCAGGAUGUUCUCAACAAGGACUAAUUCAUCGAACUCAGAUAAGUACAUCUCAUGUGGAUGAUGUCGGGGAUAUUUUACAAAAAGGCGAACGUGUUUGGUGUAAAAUAAUAACAAUUGGAGAAAAUGGAAAAAUUGCCCUAUCAAUGAAAUAUGUAAAUCAAGGAAAUGGUAAAGAUUUAGAUCUAAAUGGAGUGAAACAACAAAUGGAGGAGCAAAAAAAAAGAACAAUAAUACCAAGAGAACGAAAAGCAAUUCAAUUGGAAGCUGUAUUAAAUACCACAUGUUCAAAAUGUGGAACAAUUGGACAUUUUGCAAAAGAUUGUUUUAUGUCACUUGAUGGUAAAAAAUAUGAAUUAAUACCAGAAAUAGAAGAUGAACAUGUGACACUGCCGGAAGUAAAAAUUUCAACGGAAAAAAUUCAUAAAUCAAAAAAAACAAAGAAAAAGAAAAAAAAAUCACAUAAAUAUUCAACAGAUUCGGAUACUGAUAAUAAAAAGAAAAAAAAGAAACAUUCAAAAGAUCACAAACGAAAAAGAAAACAAAGUUCAAGUUCAUCAGAUGAGAAUUCAAAGAAAAGAAAAUUCAUCACUGGCGAAUAUUCCGAGAGACAUUCUAAAAAGUGUAAACGAUCCAAAUCUAAAUAUUCAGACUGAAUUUUACAAUUACAAUUUUUUAUUUUAAAAUCAAUUAGAUAAUUAAAUUUAUAAAAAAUAAAUAACUUACGGGCGUGAGAUAUUUGUAAGUUAAAUGAACAUUUUCAGCAAGAACAUCAGCGGCAAGAUCAUAAAAUUGAUAUUUACAAUAUAACAACAAUAAAUUAGCAAAUGUCUCCGGAGGAAAUGGAUUUUGUUGCAAUAAAAAUUGAAGUUUCUCAAA